AUGAAAGGCCUUCUUUAUUAUGGUAACCGCGAUAUGCGUUACUCCAACAAUGUUCCGGAGCCAGAGCUCAUUGAUGCUCGUGACGUCAAGAUUGAGGUGGAAUGGUGCGGGAUUUGCGGAUCAGACCUCCACGAAUACUUAGACGGACCUAUUUUCUUUCCCCAUGAUCCUAAUGGCAAGAACCACGUCUCUGACUUUGGCUACCACUUGUGUUUGGGUCACGAGUAUUCCGGUACGGUGACUGAAAUUGGCUCCAAAGUUUCCACUCUCAAAGUGGGUGAUACUGUGGUGGUAGAAACUACCGGUGGGUGUAACGAUCGUUACAGAUAUCCAAAUGCACCAAACUUUGGUACCAAGAAGUGCACGGCAUGCCGUAACGGAAAGACCAACGCUUGCAAGUACCUCACGUUUCAGGGUUUGGGCUUGAGUAGUGGUGCUUUGGCGGAACGGGUGGUUGUUGGUGAGCAUCAUGUUGUUAAGAUCGAUAAUUCGAAAAUUCCGUUUGAUAUUGGAGCCUUGAUUGAGCCAUUGGCAGUAGCCUGGCAUGCGGUAAGCCACUCAGGAUUCAAAAAGGGGUCCAAUGCGCUUGUGCUUGGAGCGGGGCCAAUUGGGCUUGCGGUUGUCUUGGCGUUGCAGGGCCACGGUGCUGGUACCAUUGUGUGCUCUGAACCAGCUGAUAUUAGACGUGAUCAGGCUGGGACUUUAGGGGCUCAGACCUUUAAUCCUAUGGAUUCUAAAGAUUCCAUCGAAGAUUUAAGAGCCAUGGCACCGGGUGGUGAAGGGUUUGAGCAUACCUUUGAUGCCUCAGGGGUUCCCUCUACCUUUACAUCAUCAAUUCAAUGCCUUGGUCCUCACGGCGUUGCCGUCAACAUUGCUAUUUGGGGUCAUAAGCCUGUAGAUAUCUAUCCAAUGGAUAUCACUCUUCAAGAGAAGAAUGUCACCGGUGUUAUGUGCUACACCAGAAAGGAUUUUGAAGAAACCAUUUCAGCGAUUGAAAAUGGGUUAAUUGACAUUGAGAAAAUAAGAAAAAUGAUUACAGGAAAGGUUAGAUUGGAGGACUCUGUUGAAAAGGGGAUUCUUGAGUUGGUCAACAACAAGGAAAAAAAUGUCAAAAUCUUGGUAAGCCCAAAGAUGGGAAAUGUCUAG